AUGGAUUUCAGUGAACUGCCAUACGCAGCACCAUAUAAAGAUUAUAUUGAUGUCUUUGAGAAAUUAUUUAAUCUUACACCAGAAGAAGAUAUGAAUGUUUUUCUCGAUCAAAUCAAGAAUGUUUUAGUCAAUAAAUAUCAUAUAGAUAUGAAAAACUUUUUUUAUAAUCAGGGUUAUCUUUUAUUAGAUACCAAUUUCAAAGCAGUAGAUAAAUAUAAUUUCCUAUUUGAACAUUUUGAUGCUUAUCCACCUGUAAAUAUUGAGUGCAACUACCUGAUCAAAAAGUUCUUUCUUAAUGAUAAUAUUGAAGAAUUUAAAAAAUAUAUUGUCGACAAUCCAUUACCAGCUAGUUUGUACUUUUGUGAAAAAUAUAUAACACCAUUCAAAGCUUGCUGCAAAUUUGGUGCAGUGAAUACAUUUAAUUUUAUUAGGAAUAAUAUGCCAGAUUUUAAUGAAUUGUUGGAUAUAUCUUUGUUUCGAGAAGUAGUAAAGGGGAAAAAUCUUGAUAUGAUUAAUGAAUUUUUAAAGAACAAUAUUAGAUUCGAUGGACAAUGUGUUCAAACUAUGAUUCAGACACAUCAACACGAAUUGUUUGAAUUUUUUCUAAAAUGUGUGGACCUGGAUCAAUUUCCAGACUUUAAACCAGUUAAUUAUGUCUUUUCCAUUCAAACUUGUCAUAAUUUAGCAGCGGUGUUUUUAUUACAUGAGCAUAAGCUUCCUGUCUUUCCAUGGUGUGUAAUUUUUCCUGAAACAAAGAUGUUAUGCAAUCAAGGAAUUCCUAAGUUAACAAGACUUGACGCUCGUGUAAAUUCAAUCCUUCAUUGGGUAUUUAAAUCACGCGAUAUUGAUUGGAUCAAAUAUGUAAUAACUACCUUUCCAACAUUUGAAGAAGACAUAAAUGGAUUAUUAGAAGAUGCUAUUAUGGAACAAAAGAAUUAUGAAGCAUUAUUAUAUCAAAUCUUAGAGUUUUAUUUCGAAUUGAACAUUGAUCCAAAUGUACAGGGAUAUUAUGGAGCUUUUCCUAUAAUCGCUUUAACUUAUAUUGACACAAACCAGCAAAACCCAGAACUUGUUGAUGAUUAUAUAAUCAAACUUAUAGAAAAAGGCGCAAAUUUCUGGAUACGAGACAACCAUGGAUAUACAGCUGUUGAAAUAUUUUGCAGAUGCAAUCAUUUCAAAACAAUUGUAUAUUUAUUGCAAAAUAGGUUGAUUACACUGGAUAAUAUUUAUGAGGAUACCCAACUUGCUCUACAACAGUAUUUAAUAAAUAAAAAUAUAACACUUUAA